AUGGGUAAUGAUGGCGGAAGCAUCCCUACUCGCCGCGAACUGGUGAAAGAAGCUGCGCGGAAUCCAAAUACUACUCAGCUAAAGGAGACUCUUCGCGAACACCUCGAACACUUCUGGACUACUUGCCCUUUGUCUCAUAAGAAACUUCUCUUGCCUGUGGUGUCAGAUGCUGUCGGAAAUUUAUAUAAUAAAGACGCCAUCUUACAGUACCUUCUUCCCGGAGACGAUAGUGAGGCAAUAAGCGCAAAGGCCGACUGUGACGAAGUGCUACAAGGAAGAGUCAAAUCGCUACGUGAUGUGGUUGAGCUUAAAUUUGAAAUUGAUGGAAAUGCCAGUGUACCAAAUGGAGGGCGGAAAGGUCACUGGAUCUGCCCUGUCACUCAAAAAGAACUGGGCCCCAGUGUGAGGUCAGUGUACCUUGUGCCUUGCGGACAUGUAUUCUCCGAGGGAGCCAUCCGUGAAAUGAAAUCGGAUAAAUGCUUACAAUGUAAUGAGCCAUAUGAACCCUCGAAUGUUAUUUUAAUUCUCCCGACCCAGGAAUCAGAGAAGGAGCGGUUAAAAUCGCGGGUAGAGGACCUAUCUCGUCAAGGCCUUGCGCAUUCGUUAAAGAAGCUUCCUGGCUCGAGCAAAAAGCGCAAGAAGAACCGCAGUGAUGUGAACGGCGAUGAUGAGAACGGCUCUAAACACGAAACUGCUGCAAACGGCAAGGCUAAAAAUGAUAGCAAGAUGCCUACUCCAUCCUCUACCCCCGCCCCAGUGGGGAUCAAGAACGCUGGGACAGCUAUGCUGACCGCCAAGGUGCUCGAGGAACAAAACGAACGCCGUAAGCGUGCAAAGACACAACGAAGUGAUGCUGUUCAGUCCCUUUUCACAUCCAAAAAUAAGAAGGACGAGGGUAAGAAUGUUGACUUCAUGACCCGUGGCUUUUCUAUCUCACGUUAG